AUAGACUUGCUACAGACGUCUACAAUCCUGACAAGCGAUUUGCCGAUUAGCGCAUGCGCAAUAGGGAGGGAAAUUGCUGAUUUGCACAGGAGCAGUUUAAUGGAGCACUGCGAACAAGCUUUUGACAGAUGUUUACAGCGGGCGAAACCGCUCUAUAUGUCAGAGACUAGAAAAUAAGGAAAAAGCGGUUGGGAGGAGUCAACAUCGGAACGGUGUCAAUUACAACGAUGCACGCUCUCUAGUGGUUCCCGGUUCCCACCACUGUUUAUCGUGUAGCGCUUUCAAGGCGGAUCCCACAGUCACUGACACUCACUUUGCUCGUACGUCAUUCACGUCAACGAUCACGCAUGCGCGGUGUGAUUGGGCAGUUUGGCUAUUCCUGGGCGGAAGCAAACAUGGCGGAUGUUGAAGAAACAUUAAAGAGGAUCCAGAGUCAAAAAGGUGUCCAAGGAAUCAUCAUUGUUAAUUCUGAAGGCAUUCCUAUUAAGAGCACAUUGGAUAACCCCACCACAAUGCAGUAUGCAGGCCUCAUGCACCAGCUGGUAAUGAAGGCACGUGGUUCUAUCAGGGAUAUAGACCCCCAGAAUGAUCUGACUUUCCUCAGGAUUCGGUCCAAGAAGAAUGAGAUCAUGAUUGCUCCAGGUACUCAGAGCUCUCAGCUUUCCAUUGAAAUUUUUUUUAUAUUUAAUAUGCUUUGCUGUGCAAUUUUUUAUUUUGUUUUGUUUGUCUAUAAUAUAUAUUGA